AUGAUGUUCCGAAACUGUCAACCGCUUCUUGGAUGUCUCCUCCUUCUCAGGUGCGUGACAUCGUCUGUAUUACCACGUGCUGGCGACGAUGCCGGUAGUCACAACUGGAUCGACCACGACAAGGUUGUGCCUUUCACACAAAACGCGUCGCCGGGAUUCGAUGGCCAGCUCGAACUUCGCUUCAACCCCAAUCUCUAUGUCUCGGGAGGUUGCGACCCUUACGCAGCUGUAGAUAGCAGCGGAAAUCUUGGCGCUGGCUUAAGACCGACCGGAGGUGGAAGAGACGGCUGUGGCGAUGGCAAAGGCGGUCAAGUGUACGCCCGCCGCGGUGUCAGCCAGAACCGAGUGGGCAUAAUGUACAGCUACUACUUUCCUAAAGUUCGGUGGGCGAAAGGGGACGACAACGGCCACAAACACUAUUGGGCUAGUAUUGUUGUUUGGAUCAACCGCUGGGGAUGCGAUGUUGACGAUGCAACCUCGGCCUGGCCAGUUGGAGUCUCAUUCACGACCGACCACUUGAAAUGGGGCGUUGCAAAAGCUGGCGAUAUCACUUUCAAGUCUUCUGGCGUUGGCGUUGAUAUGCCCACCCGUCCUCAGAUCCAAAUUCACGACAAUGCCAUGGCACCUUUCACCGGCGCCGAUGGGGACAAGGUUUAUGGGAGGGACGUCAUUGGGUGGAAAUCCCUUCCCGAUAAUGCUCUUUAA